AUGUCGGGUAGUAAGGGCUAUGUGAGGAAUGCCGAGUUGAAAGAUAAUUUCAAAAUGAAAGCAUCAUUUUGCAAGCGUCUUGCAAACCAUGGCUUCAAAUGGGUGGAGGAGAUUCAAGGACGAAUGGAAACCCAUAGAAGCAAGUGCAGGACUUUGGAUCAAAAGUGUGCAGAAGUUAUUAUUGAUUCGUACAGCACGUUUUAA